UCUCUCCGAUGACCAAACCCGCCGACGAACCUACAUCAUCUCUCUGUAAGCACCCGUCGUUCUCUCCUAUCUCAAAAACCCUAUCUUUCCCUCCCCCCCAAUCGUCACAAACCCGCAAAAAUCUCCUCAAAACUUCCUCAAAAAACCCAAUCUCCGAUGUGAUCUCAUCAAUUGAAUCAAACCCAGAUGACCAAAACUCGCUAUUCGAUUACAACGACGACGAUGAUGAUAAGCCGAGGGAAGAGUGUGGCGUCGUCGGGAUCUACGGCGACCCAGAGGCUUCCCGUCUCUGCUACCUAGCCCUCCACGCACUCCAACACCGUGGCCAAGAAGGAGCCGGCAUCGUCGUCGCGGCACCCGACGGUGUCCUCAAAUCAGUCACCGGCGUCGGCCUUGUUUCUGAAGUCUUCAACGAAUCCAAACUCGACCAACUUCCAGGAAACAACGCCAUCGGCCAUGUAAGAUACUCCACCGCCGGUCAAUCCAUGCUGAAAAACGUCCAACCUUUCGUCGCCGGCUACCGAUUUGGCCGUGUCGGCGUUGCCCACAACGGCAAUGUGGUAAAUUAUCAAACCUUGAGGCAUGAACUCGAAGAAAAUGGUUCAAUUUUUGGUACUAGUUCUGAUACUGAAGUUGUUUUGCAUCUAAUCGCCAUUUCUAAACAAAGACCCUUCUUCUUAAGAAUCAUUGAAGCCUGUGAAAAGCUUAAAGGAGCUUAUUCAAUGGUGUUCAUAACUGAAGAUAAAUUGGUUGCAGUUCGAGACCCACUUGGAUUUCGGCCAUUGGUGAUGGGUAGAAGAAGCAAUGGCGCCAUAGUUUUUGCUUCAGAAACUUGUGCCCUAGAUUUAAUCGAAGCUACAUAUGAAAGAGAAGUUAAUCCUGGUGAAGUUUUAGUUAUAGACGAAGAUGGGAUUCAAUCUCUCUGUUUAAUGCCACAUUCAGAGCCAAAAUCUUGCAUAUUUGAGCACAUUUACUUUUCGUUACCAAAUUCGAUUGUUUUCGGGAUGUCUGUAUAUGAAUCCCGGCGAAAAUUUGGUGAAAUUCUGGCUAUGGAAGCUCCGGUGGACUGUGAUGUGGUGAUUGCGGUGCCGGAUUCCGGAGUUGUGGCGGCUCUUGGCUAUGCUGCUAAAGCAGGGGUGCCAUUUCAACAGGGUUUGAUUCGAUCGCAUUAUGUUGGUCGGACGUUUAUUGAGCCGUCACAAAAGAUUCGGGAUUUUGGCGUAAAGCUUAAGCUUUCUCCAGUGAGGGCGGUUUUGGACGGGAAACGGGUGGUGGUGGUGGACGAUUCGAUCGUUAGAGGGACAACUUCUUCAAAAAUUGUUCGAUUGUUGAAAGAAGCCGGAGCUAAAGAAGUUCAUAUGAGAAUCGCAAGUCCACCAAUCAUCGCUUCUUGCUAUUACGGUGUCGAUACGCCGAGCUCGGAGGAAUUGAUAUCGAAUCGAAUGAAUGUGGAGGAGAUCCGGGAUUAUAUCGGGUCGGAUUCACUUGCAUUUCUCGGAAUCGAUAGUUUGAAGAAGAUGUUGGAUGGCAAUUCGGGUAACUUCUGUUAUGCGUGUUUUUCUGGCAAGUAUCCGGUGCAGCCGAGUGGUAAAGUGAAGCGGGUUGGCGAUUUUGUGGAUGAUGGAUUGAAUGGAAGUGUCGAAUCGAUUGAUGGAGGUUGGCUUCAUGGGACUAAAGAUCGAAACGAGAAAGACGUCGAUAUCAACAAUGAACAAGAUCAUAAAGUUCGUGUUUAGUUUCGUCAUCAAGAUUUCCGUUUUUGGUAGGUUUUGAUGUUUCUUGACCUUUGAUAUCUUGUUUCCUACAGAUAAAUCAAGGUUUUCCUAUGAACUUGUCCGCUAAUCUCUUGUUUCUUUAGAUCUUGGCAAGAGAUGAGUGUUUAUACCAAGAGCCUACAUCAAAUCAAACGAGCCUA